CACGGCAUGUCAAGUCAAACUCAAAUAUAACAUAACCUCAAAUAAACUUUAGGAACAAAAUAUUUUGCAAUCGUUUGUAAUUUUUUAAUAACCGUUUUGUUAUAAAGGAAAUAAAAAAUUUAGAAUUUGUGUGUGAAUUUACUGUGAACAGUGUCGAUGGGCCCCCCAAAAAGGUCCGGAUUUAAAAGUGAAAAGGCAUCGAAAAAACGUAAAAAAGAGGAGGAAGAUGCCUGGAUACCAGAGGAAGACGAUACCACAGGAGAGGGAGAAGAAGCAUCUGUACCAGGAGCAGCAGCACGAGAUGCUGAAAAAUCUGAUGAAAAAGCACAAGAAGAUGAAUUCGGUGCGAAAGAUUACAGAUCUCAAAUGGUCCUAAAGCCUGACAAUACAUCCAGGCCUUUAUGGGUAGCUCCAAAUGGACACAUUUUUCUCGAGUCUUUCUCUCCAGUUUAUAAACAUGCCCACGAUUUUUUAAUUGCCAUUUCAGAACCCGUAUCUCGGCCAGAACAUAUACAUGAAUACAAAUUAACAGCAUAUUCCCUAUAUGCAGCUGUAAGUGUUGGUUUACAAACAAACGAUAUAAUUGAAUACUUAAAAAGAUUGAGCAAAACUACUGUUCCCGAUGGAAUAAUAGAGUUUAUAAAACUCUGUACUCUAUCGUAUGGUAAAGUUAAGUUGGUUUUGAAGCACAAUAAGUAUUUUGUUGAAAGCCCCCAUCCAGAAAUACUUCAAAAACUGUUGAAGGAUCCGGUUAUACAAGAAUGUCGAUUAAGAAGAAAUGUAGAGGAGGAAGGCGAUGGAUUUAUUACACAAGUGCAAGAUAAGAAAAAUGUUCCAACCUUUGGCGGAAAGCCGGCAUCUACUGAACAAAAUAAUGAAAGUAACACUGUUCCUGAUGAUAUAACAAACUUUUAUGAGAAAAUGGACAAUGAAGAAGAUGAAGACGAGUCGGCUCUUCAAACCGUUUCUUUUGAAGUUAACCAAGAAAAAAUCGAAGUCAUUCAGAAACGUUGCAUUGAACUCGAAUAUCCCUUAUUAGCUGAAUACGAUUUUAGAAACGACACAGUAAACCCUGAUAUAAAUAUCGAUCUGAGACCUUCGGCGGUUUUGCGACCUUAUCAGGAGAAAAGUUUGAGGAAAAUGUUUGGAAAUGGAAGGGCCAGGUCUGGAGUGAUAGUCUUACCAUGUGGCGCAGGAAAAUCUUUAGUCGGUGUAACAGCAUGUUGUACGGUGAGGAAACGAGCCCUAGUGCUCUGUAAUUCCGGCGUUUCUGUGGAACAGUGGAAACAACAGUUCAAAAUGUGGUCCACUGCGGAUGAUAGUAUGAUUUGCCGGUUUACAUCUGAAGCUAAAGACAAACCGAUGGGUUGCUAUAUAUUGGUUACUACAUAUUCAAUGAUAACUCAUACUCAAAAACGUUCUUGGGAAGCAGAGCAAACCAUGAAAUGGUUACAGGACCAGGAAUGGGGAAUUAUGGUUCUUGAUGAAGUUCACACUAUCCCAGCGAAAAUGUUUCGUAGAGUGCUUACUCUAGUCCAAUCUCAUUGUAAACUAGGUUUAACAGCCACGUUAUUGCGUGAAGACGACAAAAUUGCAGAUUUAAAUUUUCUGAUAGGGCCAAAAUUAUACGAAGCCAAUUGGUUAGAAUUACAGAAGAAAGGUUUCAUCGCCAGAGUGCAAUGUGCGGAAGUGUGGUGCCCAAUGACACCGGAAUUUUACAGAGAGUAUCUGAUGUGUAAGACAAGCAAAAGAUUGUUGCUUUACGUAAUGAAUCCGAACAAAUUUCUGGCCACUCAAUAUUUAAUCAGGUAUCACGAAAGACGAGGCGACAAAACCAUCGUCUUUUCCGACAACGUGUUCGCUCUGAAACACUAUGCCAUCAAAAUGAACAAGCCGUACAUUUACGGCCCCACGAGCCAGAGCGAACGUAUCCAGAUAUUGCAGAACUUCAAGUUCAAUCCGAAGGUGAACACGAUCUUCGUGUCCAAGGUGGCGGACACCUCCUUCGAUCUGCCCGAGGCGAACGUGCUGAUCCAAAUUUCGUCGCACGGUGGCUCCAGACGCCAGGAGGCGCAACGUCUGGGCCGGAUAUUGAGGGCGAAAAAGGGCGCCAUAGCCGAAGAGUACAACGCUUUCUUCUACACUCUGGUGUCGCAGGAUACAAUGGAGAUGAAUUACUCGAGAAAGCGUCAAAGGUUCUUGGUUAACCAAGGCUACAGUUACAAGGUGAUCACAAAAUUAGCUGGGAUGGAGAAGGAACCCGAUUUGUUUUAUAAAAAUAGGGAUGAGCAGGGACAAUUACUGCAGCAAGUGCUGGCCGCUAGCGACAUCGACUGCGAAGAUGAAAGGAUUCCGGGCGAAGGGGGCAGCAGAGGUGGCUCCAGCAUCACCCGCAGGGUCGGCCAGAUGGGCUCGAUGUCAGGCGCCGACGACGCCGUAUAUUACGAAUUUAAAAAGUCGGCCAAUAUCAACAAACAUCCCUUGUUUAAAAAAUUCAGAUAUAAUUAAAUAAAAUUUGUUAUUACUAUUA